UGCCGCAUUCUUCAUUUGCAGGAGAACUUUUUUUCUUUGCGAAGAUAUUUGCUAUCGAAUGUGUCAGAGAGGAAGCAUGGGUUUCACCGAUCAUUAACUGUUAUGGCUAAAGUUGUUUAAAGAUCAGUGUUCGAAAGGACACCUCAGAAAUUGCCCUCAAAGUCUUUUAUUGAGCUCAAAGUUAUUCCGCAAUCAGCCACGUAUAAACUUGUGAUUACUGCAUCUUUUCAACUAAAAAUGGGACUUCUCGAUAUGGAACUGAUGUUUGAUUUACUGGACACUGACAUGAGAGGCUAUCUGACCUCAAAUCAGCUCCAAGAUUUUCACGAAUCGCUGUAUUUCUCACCGAUUGAUCCUCGACAAAUCGAAGCUGCCAUAAGAACAAUUUGUGGCAAUGCUUCUCGCGGACUUUGUCCACGAGAAAAAUUUAUGGAUGUUCUAGACGAGCUUGACCGGAGAAAAGGCCUCGAAGAAAAAAUCUCUUGGGAUUUUAAAGCACUCGAUGUCGAAGGAAAAGGAAGAAUUUCUCUAAAAACAGCGCUGUUGCUUUUCAAAGCUGUCCACAAUGAAUUGUUUUCAAUGAAGACCUGGCGAUCUUUUGUUUCUCAUCGGGAAUACCCAGAUGAAGACGUUUGUUUCGAUGAGAUCAAGAUGUUCUUGUGCAACUUGGUGGAUGGUGGUCCUUGCGAGAAAGAAGAGUUUGACGAGGAGGAGAGGGAUGUUGGUUUCCGGAGCGUUGAAAAUAAAUACAGAAAUCUGAAGGAACUAGAAAAGUUUCAGGAGGAUGAGGCAUCCCUUGCAGCUGAAGAGAGGGAAAAAAUGCACCAGGCCAACAAACUGAAACAAGGAGCUGAACGGCGAACCAAACGACUGGAUCAUGAAGGUGUUGUGGCCCUAUUGCACGAAGAUGAAGAGUGGGACGAGAAAGGUGCAAAGAAAGCAAGACACAAAGUCACAGCUACUGAUUUGAUACAAGCUCUACGGACAAAAUAUGAAAUCUUGCGUGACAAACUUCUUUUGGAGAUGCUCAGACAUCACAUUGGCGAGGGAAUGUGGACAGUGUUAUCUGAAGAUGAGCAGUACGAACGUCUCAUGCAGGUGAAAAUGCGCGUUCAGCGUCUACGUAAGGACAGCAAGUUAGACGGCGCCAAUUCCCUACCUGGUGCUGGGCUUACGUUCUUCUCAAAUUUGCUUGCAUUGAUGGGUCUAAGUCGAAUGGGAGAUGAAAUACAGCAGCGAGAAGAAGCUGAGAAAAUCAAGGAAAUGGAGAAGGAAGGAAAAAGCAACAAGGAGAUAGAAGAAGAACUGCUCAAGUCUCGUGAAAAAGCCUUACAAGGGCACGCCAAGAGCGAGCAACUUCUGUUGGACCUGGAGAAGCGCUAUCAACAGGAUAAAGACGCGAUAACUGCUAAAUUAAAAGGCGCUGGUACAAAUACAAUGACAGCAGAGCAGAAGCUGACAGAGUAUGGACUUAUUAUAAGAGAACAGUUACGUGCUCGAGAAGAAGGGAAGUUUGAGAGUGCUAGUUUAGCCGUGGGAAUCGCUGAAAGACUGAAAGAACAAGUGCAAAGACCAAAAGAUGACCGCAAACGACAAGAACAGCUUGGCAAAGAACGCGUUCAACAGAGGAAAGGCAGAAAGCUUCCAAGAAACUGGAAAGGAGGGGAAUUGGAAUUCAGUACACCGGGAGAGGCUGGGCUCGUUGAUGUGUUAGAGGACACUGUCAGAGCAUUGGAGAGGAAACACGCUAUGGAACGAGAACUGCUUAUUUACCUGUUACAAGGCAGAGAAAGUGUACAGGCCCGCAGUGCAGCUAAGAAACUAUCUCCAGACGAGCGAUCCAAUCAGCUGCUGGUUUUGAGAACUCAACAGCAAGGCUGGCGCAAGCAAAGCACCACAGAACGCCUGGUAAGCAAAGAACGCCAUUAUGUGAUCCUGCAAGAAGCAGCGGGGCUAGUGAUAGAGGACAGACGAGCUGACCUGAGGGUAUAUCGUGGUACCUCCCCUGACGACCAGGAGGUAGCAGCAGACAUCAUGGCUGAUCUUCAGCAUCAUCAGGAAGCGGAGAGUCAGAUGCUGUUGACGCUACACGGCAAGGACAUGCAAGAACUAUUUCGUCUUCGACAGCUGGAACACCAAGCAUGGCAAGAAGAGUUACUCGACGGGAUAACAUCCGUGCUUCUUGGCAUAGAAGAAAAUGUCGCUCAAGAGGAUGAACUUCUCCAGGCGCUGGAAGAAAAAUACGAUGCCCUCAGAGACAAGCUGCUUCUUGAUGCCUUAGAGAAACAAAUGGGUGCGGCCGAAUGGGCGCAUCUCUCUGAACAGGAGAGACAAGCGCGGCUUGCUAAACUAAAGCUACAGGAGAGGCGUCUGAGGCAGCAAGGGAGGUUUGAUGAUGCAGCGGCCCUGUUGGGAGAAGGACUUAAGAAUGCUGAAACUUUACAGGCUCUCUUGGGAGAAAACCGGCAGCGUUAUUUGGAGCGACUCAAGGAACGCUUAGAGAGGCGCCAGAAACGACUUGAAGAAGGGUUGGAUCCUGACGAAGAAGAUGAGGAGACCUUGCGACUUUUAAAUGAAGAAGAAGCCGCCAGUACCGGCAACAUCCUGAAAGACCUGCAAAACCGGUUUGACGAGGAGAAAGAUGCAUUAUUACGAAGACUACAGGAGGAGCACGACCGGUUAGCAGCAGAAAAGCGUCGUCAGGCUGAACUUGCACGGCUCAGACGCGAAAAAAGACAAGCUGAACGAGAGUCGCGGUUUGAUGAGGCUGCGCUGGUGCUGGGACUGGCGGAAAGAAACAGAAAGAACCUUGAAGAAAGACUACGCCGUGAUCGGGAGCGUCAAGAACAGCUGGCAAGGGAACGAUUGGCGAGGAGAAAGAGACGAGGAAAACCCGAAGAGCAGGAAGAGGACGAUGAACCAGAUCCUGAUAAAGAUGACUUACAAGGCUGGCAGGACGCUGUGUUGAAGUCACUGGAAAGAAAACACCGUGCGGAGCAAGAGUUCUUAAUGGGAUUGCUUCAAGAUGAGAGCAGCGAGAGCAUGCGCGAAGAAGCCAGAACUGUUAAUGAAGACGACAGACUUAAAAGACUCAGUGAGCUGAAAGGCAAGAGAGAAGAGCUUGACCUGGGUGUUAAAGCUGACCGACUUCUCCAUGUCGAUAUUCUGGACAUGGCCGCUGCUUACAAGUUUGAAGUUCAGCGAUAUAGACUGAGUGGCAAGAACGAAGGUGAAGUGAACGAUGAAGAAGUUACUGUCUCUAUGAUGGCUGAUUUACAAGAAGAACAAGACUAGGAGAGUGAAAGAGUCAUGGCAAAUCUUCAGGAAAAGACUCAAGCAGAGCUGUCCGCCUUAAAGGACGAACAUGAACAAGAACGGAAAGACGAAGUUGUGGAGAAUGUGGCCACAGUUUUGUUAGAGUAUGAUGGAACUGGAUCAGACAAGGAUUUGAUCUCAGCUCUGGAUCAGAAAUAUGACACACUUAAGGACAAACUCUUAUUGGAAGCUCUCAAGAAGCAGUUAGGUGACGCCGAGUGGGCGCAGUUGUCUGAACAGGAGCGGCAGAAGAGACUUGUGAAGCUUAAACUAGAGGAACGACGACUGCGGAAAGAAGGACAACUGGAUGAACUGCACCGACUGCUGGGAGAAGGAUUUGAAAUGGACGCCAAUCUGAGAAAAUUGAUGGGUGAAAAUAGAGCCAGAUACGAAGAAAAACUUAAGGAACGAUUAGCGAGACGUAGAGAGCGAUUGGCUCAGGGACUGACGCCCGAUGACGAAGAUGAGGAGGACUUAGAAGAUGGUCAAGCGGAAGGAGAGCAAGUAACGGAUGUCAAAGCUAUACUGGAAGACCUGGACAAAAGAUAUGAGGAAGAGAAGGAAGCGCUGAUGCGCAGCUUACAAGGACAGGACGAACGCUUCAUGAGCGAGCGACAGAGACAGGCUGAACUGGCUCGUCUCAAACGAGAGAAGUUGAAAGCGAAACAGGAAGACAAGUUUACCACGGCCGCGUUGGUACUGGGACUGGCCGAAAAACAGAAAGCUGCAGUGGAAGAAAGGCUUCGUCAAGACCGUUUGCGGCAGGAACAACUGGCGCGAGAACGACUGGAACAAUUGCGCAACCGCAAAAGGGCCAAAGAGCAAGAGGCCGAGGAGAAACUGGUGACUGACGGGGAAAUCAGCGUCUUACAAGAGGCCGUGAUGAAGGCGCUGGAGCGGAAACAUCAAGAUGAACGGCAGGCCUUACUAGACGUGUUGCAACAAGAAAUGCCGGAACUAGCCGAGGCCGCAGCAACGAUGACUCAACAACAACGAGAGAAUUGGCUCCAGCAGAUCAGCAUGAAAAUGAAUGCUCUUGAUCCAGCCGAUAAAGAAGCCCGUCAUAAUUUACUCGUUGAAGCUGCCGUAUUCAAGGUUGUCAACCGACAGAAGUAUCUGGAACUGUCACAAGAAGAAACCGUGAAGAAAGAUGAUGUUAUUGUUUCGCUGUUGGCAGAUUUGCAGCAGGAACAGGAUCAAGAAAGCGAAAAACUUGUUAAUGAAAUGCAGGACAAGGAUAAAACAGAGCUAGUACAACUGCAAGAGAACCUCCUCCAAGCGCGCAAAGACGCUUCCCAACAGAAUGUCAUCGCAGUUGUCACGGAAGCUGAAAUCUGGGGCACGGCUAAUGAGCGUGACCUGUCACAAGCCCUGAACUAUAAGUAUGACGCACUGAAGGACAGGCUGUUGCGUGACGCUCUUGUGCAACAGGUUGGUGUGAAUGAGUGGCAGGCCCUUUCUGAAAAUGAUCGUUUAUCCAGACUGGCGCAGAUGAAACUAAAAGUACAGGCGUUAAAAAGUGAAGGAAAACAAGACGAGAUCAAACAACUUUUAGGCGAAGCAGCAGCCAUAAAUCUCAUUUCACUAAUGGGUGAGGACAGUACGCAGCACAAGCAACGACAGAUUGAACGACAACAAAAAAGGGAGCAAAGAAAACCUCAAGGAAUGUCGGACGAGGAAAUUCUCAAACUCGAGGUUGAAGAAGACGCCAAAGCUGACGAAGAGGCGCUUAAAAAAUCCACUGGGAAUACAGUUCAGGAUCUUGAGAAUCGUCUCAAUAAUGAAACAGAGAGCCUGUUAGCUGACGUUCGCGGGGCCGACGCCAAAUUUGAAAGCGAGCAACACCGACAUGCGCAGUUGGCGCGAAUCCGUUAUGAGGAGAGGCAGGCUUUACAAGAGAGCUCGUUCCAACCUUCCGCUCUGGUGCUUGGACUUGUGCAAGCUCGUCAAAUUAACAUGGACAACAGGAGGCGGUGUUGAAAGAAAUGGAACGCAAGCACCUGUGUGAGCUUCUUGUUCUAGAGAGUUUGAUCAGCGAAGAAAAAGAAAGUGACCUCAGGAAAACCAGCCAACAACUUAGUAAAGAACAGCAGCAAGAACGGCUAUUCGAACUGAAGGAACUGAGAAAACAGUGGCGAGAGUCUGGACCCGAAGAAAUGACAGAGACCGUUGACGAACAAGAAGCAAUACUACGAGAGGGUGUGGGCUUGAAGCUUGAACUGAGCCGCGAGGAACUGAGGCAGAAGGCUGCAGAGGAAGGAAAGGAACUGGGGCCGGAUGACGAUGCGGUGUCUCUACUCGCUGCCCUUCAGCAACAUCAGGAACAAGAAGCGGAAUACUUGCUACGAGAUCUCGCUGUGAAGAAUCCCAUGGUACUUCAGCAGCUCCAGAGCGUGCACUCGAUGGCUUGCAAGGAACGUUGGUACGACAAUCUCGCUACCUGUGUCUUGGGUCUGAAGAGGAAACAAGCUCGCCUUACAGCGGAGGAAUCUGCAGAAGAGGAACUGGUGGAAGCACUAGAACAGAAAUAUGACGCCUUGAAGGACAAGCUGCUGACAGAAGCCCUGAUGAAGCAAAUGGGAGAUGCGGAAUGGGCGGCACUGUCCGAGAGGGAGAGACAAGCCAAGUUGCUGAAGCUGAAGCUACAAGAGAGGAAGCUGAGGCAGGAGGGAAAAUUAGACGAGGCCUCUAGGUUACUUGGCGAAGGAAUGAAACACGACGCAGCUUUGCGUGCUCUAAUGGGCGAAUCCAAGUCGCUACAAAAACAGCGUCUGCAGGAAAGACUUGAUAGGCUACGUCAGUUGAAACAACAGGGAAGCGAAGUUAAUCAAGAAGAAAUGGCUGCACUCGAACAAGUAGAAGCUGAGGGAGUUGAUGCAGUGGAUACCGAAGUAUUAAAUGAUCUGAUCAAGGAAACAGUAACGGAUGCUGAAGAAGUCACAACAAACACCCUGCUGCAUGAUCUAUCGUCUCAAUUUGAGGAGGAAAAAGAAGCUCUGCUGCGAGCUCUUCGUCAGCAAGACGUCAGAUUCGACAGCGAGAGAAAGCGACAGCUAGAACUGGCAAAACUGAGGCGAGAACAGCGACGACUUAAACAGGAAGACAACUUUGAUACAGCCGCUAUUCUACUUGGGUUGGCCAAACAGGAACGGGCCGCCAGAGAGGCAAACUUUGAGAAGGAUCGCGCAAGACAGGAGCAACUCGCUCGUGAGCGCAUAGCGGCCAUCAAAGCUCGCAGGGCAGCAAAGAAGGGAAAAUCUGGUGAAGAGGUACAAAAAGAAUUGGUGGAGAAACUGCUGAAGGAACAGGCGGAGGAUAUUGAGAUUGACAAGAGAAACGCACUGGAUGUGGAGCAAGGGGGACUGGCACAACUGCAGGAAACCAUUUUGAGUGAGGUGGAGAGGAAACAUUCCUCAGAACAAGAGGCACUCACAGAUCUCUUGGCCAAAGCUGAAGCAGACCAAGAUGGUUUAGCUGCAGCCAGGUAUUUAAAUGAGACGGAGCGACAAACUCGAGUGGUUGAAAUAGGCAACGAGAGGAAAGCUUGGAGAAUGGAUGCAGUUAGGGAUGCUAUGCAGGCUAAUCCUGAUGAAUUACAAACAGAGGAGGAGAAGAAAGCGAACGCAACUCGUAUUGCUGCGAGCCGACUUAAACACAUGAAACUCUUAAAAGACGCAUUGGUUCUCCAUAUAGAGAACAAACGAGCACAACUGUUAACACAAGGCGUUGACGAAGAGAAACUUCAAGAAAAAAUAUCCGUUCUCAUUAUGGCUGAUUUACAAGAAAAGCAAAAGAUUGAGAACAAUGCUGUUGCCAACAUUUUAGGCGCCGACAAGGACGAGUCCGUUUUGGUGCGAAUCAGGACUGAUCAGCGCAUGGCACGCCGGGAAGGAUGGAUGGACAACGUGGCUGCGACUUUGAUGGGUUCCCGUCCAAUGAGAAAAAGAAGCACAACUAUGGCGGCGCCCUCAACUGUCAUGGCGAACCUGGUCGAAGCAGACGAAGAAGAAGUUCGUUUGGAGGAAGAACAAGAAGCUAAGUUGGCAGAGAUGGAAGCUGAGAUGGAGAAGGAAAAAGAAGCUCGCAAGUUAGCUGGAGCCACAGAAGAGGAGAUACAGAGAGCAAUGGAGUUAUUACAGAAACAGCAUGAGGCCAAGAGAAAAGCAAUGGCGGCUAAUAUAGAGAGGCAGCGUAAUAUGGUGCAGCAGAGGCUGGAAGCCAAACGAAGGAAACGAGAAGAGCAACAAUACGAAGAAGACAUGGCGGCUUCUAUAGUGACAAUGGCCGAGAAACAGUUCGCUCUCAUCCGAGAGAAGACAAUGAUGAGAAGAGAAGGACAGAAAGAAACGCUAAAUGAACGCUUGGCACGUAGACGGGCAGAGCGAGAAAAGAAGAAAGCCGAAGAGGAAGAAGCCAGGAGAAAGGAAGAAGAAGAAGCGAACAGAAAGAAGGCCGAGGAAGAAGCAAAGAAGGCAGAAGAACCAAAACAGGCUCCAGCGGACUAUCCAUUACCGGGUGGCUUUGCUAUGAAGCGCGAGAAGACAGUGAUAGAUGUAGAAGUAUCCAAAGAGAAACAGCAAGAAAUACUGUCAUCUUUGUUACGUGAGCACACCAAUGUUGGAAUGAAGUUUGAACGAGAGAGAACACGUCAGGAAGAAAUGCUGAAAGCCCGUAAAGAAAGGAAAAAGUCACGCAUUGAACGAAAGCAGGAAGAGGUGGCGACCAUUAUGGGACUGGGAGAGAGACAGAAGACAUUCGUGGAACAACAGAAGAAAGAAGAACGCGAACGUCAAAUCACGAUGGUUCGCGAGCGAAUCGCGCGUGUUCGCUAUGAACGAACGAUGACAAUGCGCGAACCCAAAGAUGAGAAAGCGCAAGGUUUUGAGAGUCUGUUGACAGAAGAAGAGAAAGAAGGACUGUCUGAGGAGGAGAGGAUGAAACGGAUCGCCGCAAAAAUGGAGGAGAAAUUCAAGAGUGAACAACGCCGUGUGUCAACCGUUUCUGCGCUGGCUCCUCCCAGCCAAUCAUUUAGCGCCGGCGGCAGCUCAGCCGAGACUUCGGAAGAGGAGGGUCCCCAUACGGAACGCUCAUCACAGCUCCUGGACGAAAAGAGCCGUAAUAAAAAACUGAAGGAACGUAUGGCCUCGCGCAAAAGAGAGCGACGCAGAUCCGUCGUGCCACCCUCCGGAGAAGAAGGAGGUGCUACGGGUGGAGCUGACGAGUGAUGGAGCAUAAUGCUAACCCUCAAAUCAGCCCCUGCACUGGCAGGACCAGUGAAAACUUCGUAUUUAUUUUUGAUAUUAUUUAUUGAGUUCUAGUCUACUUUUCUUAGUCGCCAUAGUCAGGUGUUGGCCAGUAGUCGUGGUUGUUAUGUAAAUAGGAUUGAUUGGCUCAUUUCACACACUUAAUAGCAACCUUUCACGGUCAUAACGUAAGAAAAAAUAUUAAUUUUCUAGUACAGUCAACACUCCGCUUACGGACAGUCUCAUAAGCGGACAGUUCUACUUACAGACACUUUUUUUCAAUUCCCGUUUUUGCCUCCCAGUCAAACUCUGUUUUUACAUACACUCUCGAAAGCGGACGCGGACACUUUUUAAAGUAAAAAAUGGAUUUUUCUUUUGUUUACGCUCUCUCGUUAGCGGACACCCCAUGCAUAGUAAUUAACUCUUGGCAAUAAAAUUUGUGUUUAAUUUUCAAAUCAACAAAAACUUGACCUUUGACAGAGCAACAGCUUAGUGAGGGAAAGCAAGCUGUCCGUACGUGUUUAACAUUAACAAGUGCCCGGACAUUUUUUCCAAUUUCUGAGGGCGUCCGCUUAGAAGAGGUUUAACUGUACUUGUUUUUCUCGUUUGUAAAGAAUGCAGCUUGAAUACGAUUACGCUGUGCGCUACACGUAAGGAAUUAUUUUAAUAAUUGAAUACGAAGGCGCGCUAUAAAAGGAGCCUUAGGUCCCACUGGACCAUUUGUCAAUCAACCG